AUGGUGACCAAGUUCUACCAGCAUCUCUUGGCCUUGGUGUUUGCUGUAAAUGAGGUAAAUGAGGAUCCCCACCUUUUGCCCAAUGUCACCCUUGGAUUCCAUAUUUAUGAUAGCUACUAUGAUGCAAGGAUGGUCUACCGCAAUAACUUGGAUCUCCUCUCAAAAGCUGACCGGUUUGUCCCCAACUUCCACUGUGGGGUGGAGAAAAACCUCAUAGCUGUCAUUGGGGGGCUUGGCUAUGAUAUUUCCUUCCACAUGGCAGGCCUCUUAAGUCUCUACAAAAUUCCACAGACACAGCCCGUGUCUUUGUGCAACCACCCCUGCCUCCCUGGUUAUCAGAAGGAAAAGAAAGAAGGAGCAAAAUUUUGUUGUUACAAUUGUGUCCCAUGCCCAGAAGGGAAGAUUUCAAACCAGAAAGAUAUGAAUGACUGCUCUGAAUGUCCAGAACAUCAGUAUCCAGGAAGGCACCAGGACCAAUGCAUUACCAAAACUUUAAUUUUCCUAUCCUAUAAAGACCCUUUAGGAGCUAGUUUAGCAAUUCUCGCUCUAUCUUUUGCCCUCCUCACUCUCUUCUUGCUAGGAAUUUUCAUAAAGCACAGAGAUACUCCAAUAGUCAAAGCCAACAAUAGGGAACUCACCUACACUCUCCUUGCAUUCCUGCUUCUUUGCUUUCUCUGCUCUUUUUUAUUCAUUGGACGACCUGGAACCGUAAGCUGCCUUCUGCGACAAGCAGCUUUUGGCUUCAUCUUCUCAGCGGCUGUUUCCUGUGUGUUGGCCAAAACCAUCACUGUCAUUGUGGCCUUCAUGGCCAUCAAACCAGGGUCCAGCCUGAGAAAGUGGCUGGGGAAAAGAUUGGCCAGGCUCAUAAUUCUUUCCUGCUCCCUUCUUCAAGCAGCCAUCUGUGUAGUAGGGAUGGCCAUCUCUCCUCCUUUCCCAGAUCUGGACCAUAAGACCCUAAUCACUGAAAUUAUAGCUGAAUGCAAUGAAGGCUCUGCCAACAUGUUUUACCUUGUCUUGGGUUACCUGGGCCUUCUGUCCAUCAUCAGCUUCAUAGUGGCUUUCCAAACGAGGAAGUUGCCAGAUAACUUCAAUGAAGCCAAGUUUAUCACCUUCAGCAUGCUGAUUUUUUGCACUGUUUGGUUGUCCUUCAUUCCAGCUUAUUUGAGCAUCAAAGGGAAGUACACAGUAGCUGUGAAGAUCUUCUCCAUCAUAGCAUCCACUUUUGCACUACUUGGUUGCAUCUUUUUCCCCAAAUGUCACAUUAUUGUGCUGAGGCCUGACUUGAAUUCCAAGGAGCACUUGAUAAAAAGGAAGACUUAG